AUGGGCGAUCUCUCCAUUGAACUCACGGCCCCCAAUGGCCAGAAAUGGUCUCAGCCAACAGGUCUUUUCAUCAACAAUGAAUUCGUGGCAUCAUCCUCUGGACAGACUAUCCCAGCUAUCGAUCCAGCAACCGAAGAGGUGAUUGCAUCGGUCCACGCCGCCAAUGCGGAUGACGUCGACAAGGCCGUGAAGGCUGCCGCAGCUGCCCUUAAGAACCCAUCAUGGAAAGAACUGGCAUCUUCAGACAGGGGCAUACUCAUGGCCCGUCUUGCAGACUUGAUUGAAUCGAACAAGGAGCUACUCGCAACCAUUGAUGCCUGGGACAAUGGCAAGUCAUACAACGAAGCACUUACGAACGACCUUGUUGAGGCCGUCGGUGUGAUUCGCUACUACAGCGGCUGGUGCGACAAGAUCUUCGGCCAAACCAUUAGCGUACCAAACAAGUUCGCCUACACCGUCAGGCAACCUGUGGGUGUUGUCGGUCAAAUCAUUCCAUGGAACUACCCGCUGUCUAUGGCUACAUGGAAACUAGGCCCUGCCCUCGCUUGCGGUAACACUGUUGUUAUCAAGGCAGCAGAACAGACACCUUUGAGCAUCCUGAUUCUCGGUCGUCUUAUCAAGGAAGCCGGAUUCCCUCCUGGUGUUGUGAACGUCAUCAAUGGUCUCGGAAAGGAUGCCGGCGCCGCUCUUGUCCAGCAUCCUCUAGUUGACAAAGUUGCUUUCACGGGAUCAACCGCAACAGCCACGAACAUCAUGAAGAUGGCCUCGGCAACUCUGAAGAACAUUACGCUAGAAACCGGCGGAAAGUCGCCGCUGCUCGUGUUCAAUGACGCUGAUCUCGAGCAAGCUGUGAAGUGGUCUCAUCUGGGCAUCAUGUCCAACCAAGGACAGAUUUGCACAGCCACCUCGCGUAUCUUGGUCCAGCAGGACAUUUACGACACCUUUGUCAAGAAGUUCAUAGAAGAGGUGCAGAAGACAAGCAAAGUCGGCAACCAGUGGGAUUCCGAAACGUACCAGGGCCCGCAGGUCUCAAAGCAGCAGUACGACCGUAUCCUCUCCUACAUCCAAAUCGGUCAUGACGAAGGCGCUACGAUCCAGACUGGCGGCGAGAGGCCAGCGCACUUGCCCAAGGGCUACUACAUCUCCCCGACGGUGUUUACGGACGUAAAGAGCGACAUGAGGAUCUGGCGCGAGGAGAUCUUCGGCCCUGUCGUCGUUAUUCAAAAGUUUGUUGACGAGGCGGAAGCAAUUGCGACUGCCAACGAUAGCGUUUACGGUCUUGGAGCUGCUGUCUUCACGACGAACUUGGAGAAGGCGCACAGGGUCGCCGCCGAGAUCGAGUCGGGUAUGGUCUGGGUGAACAGCAGCCAGGACUGUGACCCUCGAGUGCCUUUUGGCGGCGUGAAGCAGAGCGGUAUUGGAAGGGAAUUGGGAGAGGCGGGACUUGAGGCAUACUCGCAGAUCAAGGCUGUUCACGUCAACAUGGGCAACAGGUUGUAA